AGAUGGAUAGAUAGAUAGAUAGAUAGUGAAUACAUCCCACUCCCCCUCACCGCCGCCUUCCUUCAGAAUCUGUGCGCAUGCCCGGUAGUAUACAGCGUCAUCCGGGUCCUUCGCAAGAAUCGCUCUGAGAGGAGGCGGGAAAUGGCGUCCCGAGCAGCUGUAGCAGAUCCAUCUGUCGUUCUGUGACUCGCGCUCAGCGGAGAGGAGAAGUGACGGACGGGCCGCUUCAGCCGCUGUGGCCAGAUCCACAACCAUCUCCGGAUCGUGCCGUUGCGACCCUUGGCAUUCUUGCAUGUGAUUUUUGGGACAAUGAGGCUGAGAGUGCGUAAGGCAUCUCAGCAGCGGAGCACCACCCCAUCCGCCCGGACCGCCAAGACCAAGAGGAAGCACUCCGAGGUGGAACACACUUUGUCCUCCGAAGACGCCAAGAUGCAGAAGCGAGACACAGGCAUUUUCUCCACCAUCAAACGGUUCAUCAGAGGCAAUGCUGUCAAGGUGGAGCAGUGCACUCCUGCUAAGAGAAGCCGUGUAGACUGCGAUUCGGACAGUAAUCUGAUCACAUCCACUCCGACCGCUGGGAGCCUGCCCAGCAGAGCAAACCCCAGAACCCGCAGGAAAGGCCCUGUCAAUGGAGAUACCAUGACAGGUCAGAGUAAACCAGUGAAGCCCAAUGGGAAGCUGGAGGUGCAGACGGAAAUUCCGAGCAGUCCGUCCCGCACCACCCUCCUGGGAACCAUCUUCUCUCCUGUUUUUAGCUUCUUCUCACCCGCCAACAAAAACUCUACGGCGGGCUCAGAUUCCCCGGGGCAGGCGGUGGAGGCUGAGGAGAUUGUGAAGCAGCUUGACAUAGAGCAGCUCGAGGAAACCCCGACCAGCACUACCACAGAUGUCCGAGACCUGACCUUUGACCCUGCACUAAACCCUAGACCGCUGCCUCUCAUAGACACAUCGGUAGAGGAAGGAGAGAUCAUCACAGAGGCUGAUAUGCCACCGCUAACUGCCGUAGGAUCCAACAGCAGUUAUCCGGAUGUCCCGCCGUCACCUCCAGCGGAAGGGACUUACGAAGAGGACUGGGAAGUUUUUGACCCUUAUUUCUUCAUCAAACACGUGCCACCCUUGUCUGAAGAGCAGCUCACCCGUAAGCCUGCACUCCCUCUGAAAACCAGGAGCACGCCCGAGUUCUCUCUCGUCCUGGAUCUAGAUGAGACUUUGGUCCACUGCAGCCUCAAUGAAUUGGAGGAUGCAGCCUUGACCUUCCCUGUGCUUUUCCAAGAUGUCAUUUACCAGGUGUAUGUCCGGUUACGGCCAUUCUUUAGAGAAUUCCUGGAACGCAUGUCUCAAAUUUAUGAGAUUAUCCUCUUUACUGCUUCCAAGAAGGUGUAUGCUGACAAGCUGCUGAACAUCCUGGAUCCUAAAAAACAGCUGGUUAGGCACAGAUUGUUUCGCGAACACUGCGUAUGCGUCCAAGGCAACUACAUCAAAGACCUUAACAUCCUCGGGAGAGAUCUCUCCAAGACGGUGAUCAUAGACAACUCACCUCAGGCUUUUGCCUACCAGCUUUCCAAUGGGAUCCCCAUUGAGAGUUGGUUUGUGGACAAGAAUGACAAUGAGCUCCUAAAGCUGGUGCCGUUUUUGGAGAAGCUGGUAGAACUGAACCAGGACGUUCGGCCACACAUUGUGCAGCGAUUUCGCCUGCAUGACCUUCUACCCCCAGACUGAAUGUCGCAGCGAAAGAUCAUUUCUUGCCAGCCUGACUGUUUUUAAGCAGUAGGGAUUUUACACCAUGGGGAAAGGAGAAUUUGCCACAAACUCUUUGCCAUAAGGAUUUUAACUACAGACUUGCCUACAUGGGCGUCAUUUUAUGUUGGGUGGGAGGGAGGGGGUUUUCGGGGCUCUGGACAAAUGUUUUAAAACAAAUGACUUGAUGUAUGCAUACAUUUUCUAUACACACACAUUUAUGAAACCGAAGGCGAGGCCGAGAAGAUCAUUUUUGAUUGGUCGUCCAUCUCGGCUCUGCGGUGGAGUUUAUGCCUGAUUUGGACUUUAAGGUAAAGCGCUGUGCAGAAGUGGAUUUGCGUCACUCCUUUUGGUGCUCAAAGGGACCCUCUGCCCUUCCAGGCCACUGGCUUUUACUUCAACGAGAAUGACCUGUUGAAUAUAAAUAUAUAAAACAUGAAUAUAUACAUUCAGCUAUGUGUGUAUAUGUAUAUAUAACAUUUGUACAUAUAUAUUUUUUCCUGUCCAGUUUGUAAAACACGACUUGCCUUUUGGUUUUAAUUCAUUAUGCAUUCCUUUUUAGUUCAAGGUCUUUUUUCAUAGACAAGCUGGCUUUUUAUUAAUUUUUUUUACUGUAGAUUUUAUGUAUAUUUAAUGGCCUAUCCGUUACGCUCUAGCUUUUUCUCGUAAUCCGGUAAAAUGUAAUCCAAUAUCUGGUCACAUCCCAUAUGGAAAACAUAACAAAAAUGCUCAUUUGUAAAUUUCAAUCUUGAUUCUGUCUGUAGUUGUGGCUUUCAGUUACUGACCGCUUACUACCAUUUAUCCAUGUCAGUCCUAAUUUGGAGAUUUUAACUUCCUGUUCUUAGUUUGUUUUUAUAUACAAGUAUAGAUUAAAUGUAAAAUACUGUAUGUGCUUUAAAUUGCUUUUCUGUGGAAAAAAAUAAUAAUGCUUUGUCUCUUUCUGAAAUGUCUGGUAAUUGUAGCACCAGCACAUGAACUAGCUUAAAUCACUGCAUAUCUGCUAUAUUCCGUGCUUUUCCCCCUCAUUCCGCCUCUCCUGCGCUCCUGCUUUGGAAACUGUUUUAGGAAUUAUCAUGUACAGCUCUACCUACCUCUGAAGGGUAGACCUUCCGUUUCAUUCAGUGUUACCCCAAUGUUUUUUUUAUUUCCAUGGACAUUAAUACAUGAUUUCAAUGUA